AUGUCCAACCGCACCACUGUGACCGAUUUCCUUCUCCUGGGAUUCUCUGAGGUUCGGGAGCUGCAGAUUUUACACUCUGUGGUGUUUCUAGGGAUUUACCUGGCAGCCCUGGUGGGAAAUCUCCUUGUUACCAUCCUUGUAGUGGUCGACCACCACCUUCACACCCCCAUGUACUUCUUCCUGAUGAAUUUGUCCAUACAAGACCUCGGAUCCAUCUCCGUCACUGUCCCCAAGUCCAUGGACAACUCCCUAUUGAACACCAGGUCGAUUUCUUAUUCUGGGUGCGUUGCCCAAGUCUUUCUUUUCAUUUUCUUCGCUGUGGUUGACUUUGCUUUUCUCACCAUCAUGGCGUACGACCGAUACAUCGCCAUCUGCCAACCACUGCACUACGAGACUAUAAUGAACAGGGGAGCUUGUGUCCAAAUGGCAGCCAGUGCCUGGAUCAGUGGAAUUCCCGUUUCUACUAUGCAGACCGGGAACAUAUUUGCAUUACCUUUUUGUGGUGGUAACAAGGUGGAUCAGUUCUUCUGUGAAAUCCCCCAGCUGCUCAAGAUCACCUGCAAUGACUCAUACCUCAGUGAAGUUGUUAUUACUUCUUUCUUCUUCUUCUUAGGCUUAAGCUGCUUUGCUUUUAUAAUUGUGUCAUAUGUUCAGAUCUUCAAAGCAGUGCUGAGAAUCCCUUCUGAGCAGGGCCGGCAUAAAGCCUUCUCCACCGGCUUUCCUCACCUCAUUGUUGUCUCAUUGUUUGUUUUGUGA